AUGCAUACAGGGCCGAUAUUCGUUCGACUAGAGGAAAUGAGCCAGCAACUCGCCAAUAGCUCUUUCCAUACUGCAACGACAAGCACUCAAGAGACGGAAGAGGUGUCCGUGCCUCAGAUUGAAAUGCUCUAUAAGUACGAAGGGAACGGUAUGUCUGUGGGCAAAGGUGAAGUUCUUGCUUUAUUGGAGCAAUCGACUCCGGAAUGGUGGCGCGUGCUCAAGCAGGAUGGCACUGAAGGAUUCGUCCCGGCCAAUUACUGUAGGAAAGUGCCGGGAGAAUCGGUGACUGUCACGCAAACAACUACAACAACGAAAGCACAUGCCGAUGUUGUGGACGGCAAGCGUGCUAUUGUUGACCGACAGAAGAUGAUCUCCUCGGAUUACCGACAACUGAAUAGCUUGGCAGAGGUCCGACGACGUCUCCUUUCCGAUAAUAUCAAAUUGAUGAGGUUCUAUCGUGAAUGCGACGAAUUCGAGGGUUGGGCCCGCGAGACCGAAGCUGCGCUUGCGGAUCAGCCCUCAGUGGAGCAUGUUAAAGCAUUCCGUAAGAAAUUCGAUCGACUUGAAGCGGAUAUAAGCACAUUGGUCAACGCUUUAUGGGCGGAUUUGGAACGUUUACGUGCCCAACGAGCUGCUAAACUCGAGACAACUGAGCGAGUUGCAGACUUCGAUUCAUCCUGCGAGGAUGCUAGAGAAUGGAUGCAGGGCAAAUUCGAUCUACUAGAUCGGAAUCCGAAUGAUUUGAAGAGCCUGCAGAAUCUUGAGCGUGACUUGAAGCCGCUCGAGGACAAGAUUCACUACUUGGAGAAACUUGCAGCUGAGGUGAAGAAGAAGAAUCCAGAGGAGGCAGCUGCCAUAGAACGAAAAAUCGCCGAACUUCGUGCACUUCAUGCUGAUCUCCUUCGAAGAGCUCAUGAAAAGAUCAAGAUUGCUGAGCAAUCGCAAGGUCAGGAGAUGUUCGAGACGGCAUUGAGGGAUGUACUGAUAUGGAUCGACCGUACGAAGAAAGUACUUGCCGAAGAUGUUGACUACGUGCAAGAGCUCGGACGUCGUUUACUUGAGAAAAAUCCACGUCUACGUGAAGUUGAUGCUCAACUCAAGCAUCUUAACGGUGAAAUGAAUACAGUUAAGAACAUGUACCGAAUGCGGGAUGGCCAACUAAAGGAGCAACUCGACCUCCAGCUCUUCAACCGUGAAGCUGAAAGAAUUGAUGCUGCUACAAAAGGUCAUGAAGCUUUCCUGGAUUUCGCUGACUUGGGAGACUCAGUGGAAUCCGUGGAGAACCUCCUGAAACGUCAUCGUGAUCUUGAAGCGAAAUUGGACGCGCAAGAAGGACGCCUUAACGCUUUCUCGAGAAAUGCCGAUGAUCUCAUCAAGAACCGUCACUCUGAGAGCGCUUACAUAGAUGGGCGUAGAGGAGAGGUCCUGGCACGUCGUGACGCUGUGAGGCGAAUGGCAAUGGAGCGCCGAGCGUGCCUAGAAGCGUCGCUUGAAUAUCAGAACAUGAAAAGAGAUGCGGAGGAGAUGAUUGCGUGGAUUCAUGAGAAGAAAAGGCUGGCCAACGACGAUUCUCAUCGCGAUUUGGCAUCAAUCGCCAAUAAGUUGCUCAAGCAUGAAGCAUUCGAAGCCGAAGUGGGAGCGAAUUCAUCAAGAGUUGCUCAGAUCAACCAGGUUGGUGCUGCACUGAUCAACCAGAAGCACUAUGAAUCGGCAAACGUUGACCGUCUCCUGAAGCGCCUGAACACGGAAUGGGCGGAGUUACGUGAUGCUGUUGCUCGUAAGGGCGAAAAACUGCGUCAAGCAGCUGACCAGAAGGGACUUAAUCGCGUUCUCGAGGAUGCUCACGCCAAACUAGACGAGCUAGAAACUGCGCUGAAAUCGGACGAAUUAGGUUCUGACCUCAGGGCUGUCAAGGAUCUCAUCCAGAAGCAUUCGGUUUUGGAACAAGAAAUGGGACUUUACGAAAAAAGGUUGGCUGACAUCUAUAACCGCGGCCGCAAAAUGGCCGAACAGGGACAUUUCGAUGCGGACAGGAUCAACUAUACUGUGGCAGCAUUGCUGAAAAGGUUCGAGAAUUUGGAAGGCCCAUCAGCUGCCAGGAGAGCGGCUCUUGAGGAGUCUAGGAAGUGGCACCAGUUAGCAUUUGAUGUUGACUGCGAGUUGCAGUGGAUUGCUGAAAAGAAGCCUAUCGCCAGCUCUGAAGAUACGAGCCGCAAUCUAACUGAGGCGCUGAACAUGGUUAAAAAGCAAGACCAGCUUGAAGCGGAAGUUCAUCAACACUCCGGCAAUAUUGAAACUACGAUUGCUCAAGGCGAAGCUCUGAUACGCGGAGGACAUAAUGCCGCUACGCAGAUAAAGGCCAAGUGCGAGCAGCUGGCAGGAGCAUGGACUCAUUUGGCGCAUUUGGUGAAAAGACGACGUCAAGUGGUCGAUUGGGGUGUGAAAGAGCAACAGUACAUGUUUGAUGCCGCUGAGGUUGAGUCGUGGAUGAACGAGAAGCGCCAUGCAUUGGAAUCAGAUAAUUAUGGACAGGAUGAAGAUGCUGCUCAGAAACUGCUGGCAAAGCACAGAGCACUACAGAAUGAUAUGCAGACGUACAGACAAUGGCUUGAUAAACUCGCUGUGAAAUGCAACGAAUUGACCAGUUCACGCCGUCCCAACGUAGAUCGUUUUGAGAUUAGACAAAAGGAACUGGAAAACAUGAAUUUGCAUCGACACUUAGCGCGUUCCCGAAACAAGAACGUGCGGCGGCGCCCUGAGAGCGAUUACGAGUCAUCUGUAUUGAGAGUAUAUGCCGUGAAGUUGCUGAACCUUGAACAAAUGGAGUUACAAUCACGAUUCGAAGAAUUCAAACAGAGCGUGAAAACCGGCAGUGAGCGAUUUGUGUCGUGUGAAGCAGCCGCCAAUGCUCUGUUGAGGCGGAAUCCGCCGUUUGGCCGAGAUAUACUCAAGAAACAGGAGAAAUUGAGAUCGGUCUGGACUCUUCUCCUGGACUACAUUGAGUCACGAGAAUCGAAACUAGCUGCAGCAGAAGAGCUUCAUCGUUUCAACCAGGACGUCCUUGAACAUGAAGAAUGGGUUGCGGACAAGAGAGCUAAUAUGUCCCGCGACAAAGGAAGAAAUAUGCAGCAGGCUAAAUCGUUGAGCCAGAAGCAUGAGACUCUUGAGAAGGAAGUAGCGGGUAUGGAGCCACAACUGCAGGUCAAUACUGCAUUCGAUCGUCUUCGAUCUGAAUGGGAUCUACGAGACAGCUAUCUGGUGCAAUUGGUGCAAUGGCAUGCUCUCCAGCAGGAAGCAAAUCAAAUUCUCACCCUCAUCGCAAGCAAGAGGGCUACUUUGCGUUGA